AUGGAGGAGGAGAAGAAAGAAGAAGUGAUACUACAAGAAGAAACGGAACCUGGCCGCGACGUCGAGGAGCCGAAGCCGGAGCUGGAGGAGGAGGAGGAGGUGGAGGAAGAGGAGGAAGAGGAGCCGCCGGACGUAACCCUCGAGGCACCGGCUCCCACGAAUAUGAGCAUGACUCUCGUCCGAAAUUCGUUCAAAGGCUGUAGCGAGGACGACGCAGGUGUCGUGGAUACGGAGGUGGGCGGAGGUUGCGCGGGUGGAGCGCCAACCGCAGGAGGUGGAAGUGUUGCCGGCGAUGGAGGUGGUGGCGGCAGCGGCGGUACGUGCAGGGGGGUGGGUGGUGGCGGCGACAGCGAGGGCGGAUCAUCCGCGAAGCAGCAGCAGGGUGGCGAAAGGUGUCCUCAGUGCGGCAUCCCCUGUCGGGACGUCCGUGUCCUGCAGCUUCAUCUCGAGGACACGCACAAAACGUCCUGUACCAUCGACAAGCACGAUCUCAACGCCCAGUUCUCCCAAGUGUCCUGUAAGGUGUGUAGCAAGACCUUCGCCAACGUCUACCGACUGCAGAGGCACAUGAUUAGCCAUGAUGAAAGUGCUGUUUUACGAAAGUUUAAAUGUCCUCAUUGCGAGAAGGCCUUCAAGUUCAAGCAUCACCUUAAGGAACACCUGCGCAUUCACAGCGGUGAGAAGCCAUUCCAAUGCAACAAUUGCGGCAAGCGUUUCUCUCAUUCUGGAUCGUAUUCGAGCCACAUGACAGCGAAGAAGUGCUUGAUAAUAAAUCUGAAAAAAUCGAGACAGAACACCAUAAGCAACGUCGAUCGGGGACAGAAAAAGACGCAUCAGGCAUUAUCGGGACGACGUGACGUCGAUCUGCUGACAGCUAACAAUAAUACGUUUCUGCCGAUUCUGCCGAAGUUAUCGCCUUCGGAGUAUCAGGAGAUACAAAGAGAGGGAACAGGUGUUUAUGACGUGCCAACUCUGUUGCCUCAUGUGAUGGGAUUCGGAAAUUACUUCCUGCAGUCUUCGAUAGGCAAGCUACUGAAUCAAUUGCACGCUAAGCGAUACGAUCAUAUUAACGAGCAAUUUGAGACGCAUCGGGAAGUGAUGAGUCCAUCGACAGCAGACUCUGAGGGAACGGAGGGCACUGAGGGCAAGGAGUCUCCCGCGCCGGUAGACCCGUUGCAGGGCCUUGAUGCGGUCAGACGAAUAUUAGAAACUGUAAACACCUCUGUGACGAAGCAGUUGCUUGAAGCAAACAUGCGAAAGCUAUCCUCGUCUCCGGCCACGAUGAAACGGGAGUUCGAAGAGGAUUACCAGGAUCAAGAUAGCGAAAUGUCUAGCGAAAUGACACAUUGUCCGGAUUGGGGCGUAAUGGACCAAUACGACUCACAAAGUGAAGGUUUAGCUGCGAAGCUUGAAAACGUCAAUCAACCGACAUCGAGAUCAGCCAAGAGAAAAAAAACGGACGAUAGUUCUGAAGUAGAUUCGGAAGAUGAAGAAGAGAGCAACCAGACUCAGAACGAUCAGAACGGUAGAAGAGUUAGAGCUAGGUCGCUCAUAGACGAUGAACAGCUUGCUGUUCUAAAAGGUUAUUAUGCCAUCAAUCCGCGACCUAAAAAGGAGGAGAUAAUCAUGAUCGCCAAUUAUAUCAACUUUCCUACACGUGUUGUACAGGUUUGGUUUCAAAAUUCUCGUGCCAGGGAUCGAAGAGAAUCGAAAAUGCCACCAGCCUUGGUACCUUUAGCACUCUCAGAGAAUCCGACUAUUAUCGAACAGCCCUUGGAUCUGUCGAAGAAAGAAGCGCUUGUUUCAGCGACCAAAGAAAAUGAUACAUCGAGCAGAAAUAUCUCGCCUCCGUGUGAACAGAAGAACGACACUGCAGCCCCAACUGUCGACAACGAUGACCUCGAGGAUUCGCCUUUGGUCAUAGACGAAGAGACCGCUAUUGAUCUCAUUGAAACGAAGCGUGCACCUCCUAGUAGAGAGAUAAUCACAAAGAAUCAAAAUCAAGCGAACGCGAAGGGCGAGAGCGAAGCUGCACCACAAUCGGAAAUAACCCCCACAGCAACAGAAAACGAGCAGGGUCUUUAUUUCUGUGAUCGGUGUGAGAAAACAUUUUCCAAACAUAGUUCCCUCACGAGACACAAGUAUGAACAUUCCGGGCAAAGGCCCUACAAAUGUGUGGAGUGUCCAAGAGCGUUCAAGCACAAGCAUCAUCUGACUGAACACAAGCGGCUGCACAGCGGCGAAAAGCCCUUCCAGUGCUCCAAGUGCCUCAAGCGCUUCUCUCACUCCGGCUCCUAUAGCCAACACAUGAAUCAUCGUUAUUCUUACUGCAAGCCCUACAGAGAAUAGGAGUAUUCAGUCUUCUCAUCCGAGGCUCGUUCGCUUACCUAGAUUAAACUUUUCUCCCAUAGACUUAUAUAGAUAGACUGUGCGCUCCCGUUGGAGGCAAGAAGGCAGGAUUAGUAAAAGAGGACAAUAGAAAGUCAGACGCUUUCCUUGUCCAAUUGGUGCAGUUGGUGGAGAGAAGGAAAGAUGAGACGCGAUCAUUUUCCUUGCUCUUAGAAAGAGAGAUGCGCACUAUCUUCUCUCUCUCUCUCUCCAACUUUCAUUCUUAUGGAUUACCAUUUACCUCAUAUUCCUUCACUCAUUUUUAAUUUUCCAAUUAAUCUCUUAAAAAAAAACUGACAUCUACGAAAAGGAUCGAAGAUCAGGAUUGACGUGAAAUUCGUCGACGAAUUGUUCUCACAUGGAACCACGCGUUAUCUCACUCUUAUUUUUAAGUUUUCUUAUUUUAUCUCUUCUCAAAACAUUGUGUGAUAGAGAGCAUGUUGCUGUGGCUGCGUUCGAUUUCAACGUUUACACGCUUUAAGCGCUAUUAUAAGCAUUACGUCGUUCGCUUUGGUAAAGUCACCGCUCACAGUCGCGUAUUAAUGUCAUCGUAACGUUAUAUUUUCAAUGUGAGCGCUCACAAAUCAAACGACUGAAAACGGAAUUUACAAACGCAUAUAAGCGUGAGAGUUUAAAGCGCCAAACUGAACGCAGCAUAUGCAUAUCUCUGUCCUUCAAUGUAGUCGUUAGCUAUUGUAUAAGAAUGCACAAUCUUCCGGAUAACUAAAUUUAUCAAAAAUAGAUUUUACAAAAUGUUACAAAUUUUCAACAUAAUGCUAGCAGUAACCGGGCAAAAUCUUUAAAAAAUGUAUGCAUGAGAUACAUUUUUCAAGUUAAAUAAGAAAAGCAUGUCACAAUAUACAUUUUCAGUAAGCUUUGCUCAUGAUAAAGCUAAAUGAACGUAUUUUGUGAGUUGCUUUGAUUUAUAUCUUAUUUUACAAUCUAAAAGACCCGAAAUUUUCUAUCAAGAAUUUGAAUUCGAACGUAAUAAAUAUCGUGUUUUACUGCAAGAACUCUUAGUAAUGCACUAUUUUUUUGUAUGCCACUGAAUGUUUUACUUGAGUGUUCAGAUGUUAUGUGGAAUUCUGGACAGCUUUCUAUCUGGCAUUCAUAAUAUUACUUCUGUAAUUUACAUUUACAGUUACUUUUAAAAACUGUAAAUGUAAAUUAUUAGAUACGUAUGUGUGAACUCUCUGUACACACACAUCCCUGCUAGCAUAUAUACUACUUGGCUUAUUGGAAUAUGUUCUAUUUAAAUGGAAUAUAUGAAAUUAUGAAAUGACAGAUUUUGCUCGGUAUCUAAUAUUUCGUUAUUGUAAGAUUAUGUCAGCAGGCUUUGUUGGCAGAAUAUAAGCUUAAUGCAUAUGCAGUUGAUGCCAGUAUGUCGCAGAAUUCUGUUUGAAUUUAUUGACAAACUGCUAGCAUAUUAUUGACAGUUUACUUACUGGGUAAAUCUGUGUAAAAUUAUGCUUUCUUCUUAUUUAUGUUUAGGAGUUUUUCUCUUUUAUGUGAAUUUGUUCGAAGAUUUUAUUUCGUGAGAAAAACGCUAGAACGCCUUUAUACCCUUCUCUCGCGGUAUCACGCCGCGUCGUUUCGUGAAGCUAUAAGUAUAAUAUAUACCUAAGAUGCUGCGCGACAUCACAUUAUAAAGCCAUGGCGUUUUUGCUCGUCGGUUCGUACUUCAAACAAAAAAAAAAAGAAAAAUAUAAAGAACGGUUUAGACGAUGCAAUUCGGGAAAGUGUCAAAAUGUAUGUUCUCGUAACUGAGAUGAGAAACGUAUUGUUUUAUCUUGAAUCGUCUGAACUGACUUUAGAGAUUUUACUAAUUUUAUUUUAGAAAAAACUCGGAAAAAAAUUGAAAACCGGUGAAUACAAACGAAAAUGAAAACUACUCGCGGCAAGCGCGUCGACAAAUAAGCCAAACGUAUGUAACGGUACCAAAAAGCAUAAUGCAAUAAUCUAUUAUAUAUAUAAUAUAAUAUACAUAAUAUUUUAGUAUUUUUAUUAACAAAAUAUUAUAUAUACCAUGACAAUAAUAAGGAAACUAAUUAAUGUACAAAUUUGUUAGCUACGUCCGCAUGAGGAGCGCGAUGUCCAUUCGCAAAAAAAAAUAUACGGGCUAUAGAUUCGAUCGAAAUGAAUAGAAAGGAAUGUUUCCGAAUGAUUAAUCUCCGCGAAGCGAUGUUCCAUGUAUCUCGACAAAUAAUAUAAUAAUUUCCAAAACUCAGGUUCCAAUGAUAAUUUGAUAACAUGAGAAUGGAGAUCGCGCAUAGUAUAUAUAACGAGUACUCGUUCUACGCGGGUAAAGAUGGAUAUAUUGAGUUUACCAAAUUAAAUAUGUCUGGGGUACAGCUGUUAAUUGAGCUUAACAUUAAGGAAUUUUGUCGAUUGUAAAGACGGAGAUUAGAAUCUCAUGUUCCACUUCCUUACAAUGAAUAACUUUACUCGAAGAAAAAACAGGCUAUAUUAUUAUUAUAUUAUUAUUCUACAUUAUUAUAUGUAUAGAACGAAGGAAAAAGAAAGAGAAAGAGCGAAAUGGGCGAGUUUGGAUUUAAGGGCCAUGCGGGUCGGUGAUCGAUGUCAUGCGAGAUCUUUUCUUUUUUUUUUUUAAUACUAUUGUACUUACAAGGUGGCAAGUUGAUGACGCGUUAUUCCUUUAAUGCAUAACGUAAUUAUUGUUCGAGACGAUGAGAAAUACAUAGUACGUCGUGAAAUGCGCUACACAUUCCGCCGAGGAUCCGUUUCUCAGGGCCUCCUCUCAUUUUAUUUAUCACUUCUUUCCUCUUGCAACGAAUAAGCACUGCGUGGCACCUUUCAUCAGAAACCUGACCUCGCUCUUGCCAGACAGCAGAUAGCAGAAGCAGUCUCUCGAAACGCGCGACACGUGGCGUUUCGCGUGUGGCAAAGAUUAGUACAGUUUGGAAAUUCGAUGUGACACGAAUAACAGAAAAAUCCGAAAGAAUGUACUCAAAAGACGUCGAAGAGAUGCCCGAAAUCAAAAUGUUCGGGCUGUCCUUGCACCUUUUGUACGUUUACGUUGUUAACGUUGUAUGGAAAGGUGCGGCGCGAAGAAACACGAAACGUGCAUCGAAACCUCGCAAUAAUCUCUUCACCGAAAUCCGAGGCCCGAAAAUAAUCGUAACACCUAAGUAUGAUAUUAAAUGCUUCCAAUAUUGUACUAUUAAAAUUAUUAUAUUACGACGUUUAUAUGAUUUUAUUCGUUCGAACGCGUAGAGAGAUAAGGACGUAUAUUAUAUAUAUAUAUAUAUAUACUCUACAGAUUGAUAAUACUCGAGAAUGUAUUUUAUAACAGUUUAUGCGUCUUUUUAUUUACACGAGUACUACAAGUGAUAAGUGAUAUUGUUAUUGAUAAAAAAAAAAGAAAAUAACGAGAAGAAAGAUGAGAUACAGAUAUUACCGUAUUAUUGAAAUUUUGUGCCAGUGUGUGUGUGUGUGCGGCAUACGGCAAACCGGUACGUCACGGUUGUACUUCCUCGACGUUUCGUGCGUGUAGAAGCUUCGGUUAUCCGCGACAGGCAUCGUGUUUACCACUACCACUGCGAAAAAAAAAAAAGAAAAGGAAAGAUAAAAAAAUGUGCAGAUAUAAUGCUUAUAAUACUCAUUUAUUAUAGUGUUAACGAUUAAGAAAUAUAUUUUUAUAUAAUUAUAAUGUAAUAUUAUAUACGCGGACAUACGCGUGACAUAUAGUACACUAAUCGAUCGAGCAGCAGAUGAUUUCAGCUGCAACGGAUCUCUUCCUUACAUCCAACACAGGCGCGUAGAAUUUCGUCGUAAUUUCUCUUUUAUGCGGAUCGUUCUCGCUCGUUCCGAAUUCGUUUUUACAAUUCAUGAUAAGUGAUUUUUAAUCAUUUCAUUUAGUUACAAGAGCGACAAAUCGUUCCUAAUUGUAUCCACUUGUUAGUAACUCAGUGCGCAUUUUUUUUUCUGUUUCUCAACGUUUUCUUAUCUUUCUUUUUUUUUAAUUUUUUAAAUGUAAAUUUUAUUUUUUUUCUUCAGAAAAAACGAGUCCCUUGUUUGUAAUUUCUACAUCUCGCUUAUCUUUUAGAUUAAGCAUUCAAUGAAUGUUCGAAUCAUUCUACUUUGUAUUUACACAAGAAUUGAAGAUGAUAUAAUUUCGAUAAAUUUACCACAAAAAAAUUCUUAGCUCAACGAAACUGCGUCGUUUUCCUAAUUCGUGUCUUGAUUUUUCAAAUGACUUUUCACGACCAACAACGGGUUAGGCCAUCAGGAUGAAAAGGCAGAAAACUUACGAAGACAAUAUUAUAUACGUAUAGAUAAUAUAUAUUAUAUAUAUAAAGUAUAUAUUAUAUAUUUCCUCUGAUUCGGGAGCUUUUGCGACCCGCUUGCCUCAAUAUAUGUACGUACUACUAA